AUGUGUAGGGAUGCUAAACGCCGCUAUAUUCAUAGUAGACUUCAGAAUACUUCCCAAGCGCAAGUUUGGGGAUUCUUACGGUCAUUAGGUGUGGGCAAGACCACGGAUAGCUUUCAAACUACCGUGGACCUCAAUGAACUAAAUCAGCACUUCAGCACGCCACCUAUAACAUUAGAUCCUGACACUAAGUCUGCUACUCUUUCAUAUCUAUCUAAUCUUGUUCCACCAGAACUGCCCCCUUUCACUUUUGAACCAGUCUCGGAGGAAACUGUUAAGAGGAAUGUCCGAUCUAUCUCCACAAAAGCCAUCGGUAGCGAUAAUCUAAGCCUGGAUAUGAUACUUCCUGUGCUGGAGGAUAUUGCACCUGUGAUCACUCACAUUAUUAAUUUCUCACUUUCGUGCAAUAUCUUCCCAACACUUUGGAAGAACGCCUACGUUAUUCCGCUACCGAAGACCUCCAAUCCUUCCUCUUGUUCUCAAUACCGUCCCAUAUCUAUACUGCCAAUCCUAUCAAAAGUCCUAGAAUCUAUAGUUCACAAACAACUGUAUUCCUACUUUACCAUCAACAACCUCAUGUGUCCUUUCCAAUCCGGUAUCCGUCCAUCUCACAGCACUGUUGGAGCACUGCUGAAUAUAACUGAGGACAUUCGGUAUGCUAUGGAUAACACCAAGCUUACUCUCCCGCCUCAACCUGCUUCCUCCUUCAACCCGCUCCAGGCGUUCUUGCAUCACUACGAUGCUCGAUGUGCCUCGGAGUAA